AUGGCAGCAGCCACGCAUGGAUUUGCUUUAGUGACGCCCGCGUCUCGCGGAAUAGGCUUUGCUUUCGCGCAGCAACUACUCUCGCAAACCAAUGUCCCUGUUGUGGCUACGGCGCGGAAGAACUGUGAUGAACUCCGCGGAAAACUACUAUCUGGCAAGGGGGUACCUUCAGAUGCGGAGAAAAGACUGCGGAUAAUGGAGGUUGAUGUUAAAGACGAAUCAACAAUAUCAUCAAUGGCGGAUAAAAUUCGCAAAGAAUUACCGGAGACACCACUUCGUCUAGCUCUCACAAUUCCGGGAAUUUUGCAUGUCGAGAAAUCUCCAUCUCAAAUCGACGCCGCCAAUGCACUUGAUAGUUUCAAAGUGAACGCGCUAGGCCCACUCCUUCUCAUGAAACACCUAUCCCCAUUCCUCCCAACCAAAUCCGCGUCUGGAUUCCCAAUUUCGGAAGGAAAUCUACAGCUACCAUCCCACGCCAUCUAUGCCAUGAUGGCGGCACGCGUCGGAUCUAUUUCUGACAACGCGUCUGGCGGAUGGUACUCGUACCGCGCGAGCAAAGCUUCCGUAUAUCAGAUUGCCAAGACGUUUGAUUUGUAUCUGCGUGGCCGCUGUACUGAGAGGGCUAUUGCGGUUGCAUUGCAUCCUGGUACUGUGAAGACGGAUUUUACGAAGGAGUUUUGGAAGGGGAGGGAUUUGCUGGAGCCGUUGGAUGCGGCGGAUAGACUUUUGAGGGUUAUUGCGGGAUUGCGACCGGAUGUUGAUGGUGGGAGGGGGAGGUGUUGGGAUUGGAAGGGUAAAGAGGUUCUACCAUAA